UUUCAUUUCCGGUAGGUUGUUGUGGCUUGGAAACGGUUUCACUGAAAAAAGAAUUAAGAAAUGCAGACUGUAUGUUAAACUGUAGAUUUCAUAGCACUCAAAAAUGCCUGUUUACAUAAGAAAAAACGUAAACUUUACCCCUCCGUCGAUCGACAACUUCCCCUUGGAAGAUGACGAGGAUUACAUUACAGACCCUGACCAACUGUUGGAUAGAUUGCCGCAGCCUUAUCGGAUGAUAGAUAAGGUUCUAUCACAGUGGUAUGAUGAAGUAUGGCAAAUCAUAGAGAAACGCGAGAACGAGCGCCUGGAAGAGAGUCGCAGAAUCCGAGCGCCACAGUAUGAGUGUUCGGCACAGAUGGAGAGUCAGGGGCGUGCCUGCUGUGUGUGUGACAGUGUCGACGGACGCUACAUUUUCAUUGGACAACCAAGAGGUUUGUCAGCAGUAGAUGUCCAAACACAGGAGAAAGUGGCGAGCUGGGAGGAGGAGAGUGUUGAUAUACAUUACGUAAAGGCUUACUUGAUCGGAGUACAAGUCUAUCUGGUUGUGACCAUUGAUGAUAUGGGUUUCGCUCGACUCUUGAUAUUUGGAGGUGACAAAUUUUACUUUGUAAAGAUCUUAAAUGAAUUUCAGAAAGGUAGAGGAGGGGCACAUAGGCCUAUAUUCUCUAACCCCGCUCAUGGAGAAGGCGGAACAAAGUUGAUAAUAAGCAAAUGUGAAGCAUCCAGGAAUGGCGACUAUUUAGGAGCAAUGUUUGAAAACCCAGAGACAGCCGAAGUCUGGCUGGAGGUGUACAAACUUCCCCGGGAUGCUUGGCUUAAUGAACUGGAGUCUGUCUUGAUAAAGAAAGAGGAGAAAUCAGAGGAAGACCAAGGUACAGACACCCAAGCACCCACAGACCAGGAAGCCCCUACCCCUCAGAAUGAAGUUGAACCACCCCCAGCUGCGACUCAGUCUAGGAAACACAGUUUAAGUAGAGGUUCAUCUCGCCUAUCUGUGUACACAAACACACCAAAUUAUGAGGAGAGUACAGGGGGAGAGAAACACACACCCAAACUGUCCCCCACCUCAGUGGUCAUGAAGCUCAAACCCCCACCCUCCAUGUCCGAACUUAGGCAAAAAGGUAACCCUGCCUCCUCAAUCCAUUCAGCUUGCCAGAAAGUAGACUCAGGGGAGGUAAUUGGUACAGGAGUCAACCACAUACUGACCCCCAAUCACAAAGAUAUGAGAAAGGAAGUCUUUGCUCAUCUCCAUGACAACCUAAUGGAGUAUUUACCCAAAGAGGAAGAAGCAGAACCACUUGAGGAUGUCAAUUUUCACUUUAUGACUGCUGGAAGAUUGGUACCAACUGGUCUGGAACAACAGAGUCAAAUAGAGGAAGAAGAUGAUAUGAAAAGACUGCCAACAACCAUUGCUGUGUGGUGGAAGGGGUCCACUCAUGUUGUCCACUACUCUCUGCUCAAGCAACACAAAGACUUUGAUGUAAAACCAGACUUGGUUUGGCCUUAUUUGAGUCCUGUGACAUCAUCUGCCAUUAGUGACGACACAUCUCUAUUAGCUGUAGGAUUUGAGAAUGGAAACAUUAUCAUCUGGGAUAGAUAUCUAGGUAUACAGAGAGGUAUUGUCAACAUCAUGGACCGAGUCAAGAUAGUGCAGCUGACAUUUCUGGACCCCAACAUCUGUCCCCAGAAUCUGGAUGACUACCAACCCUACCGGACAAAGACCUCGACCUACUUACUGGCCCUGUGUGACAACGGGGCCCUGUACAUCAUGAUGUCAGGACCGGGGUUAGAGCUUGAUCCUAUCUGUAUUACUCCUCCUGUAGAGAGUGAGGAUGAUAUUUUUACAAUGGUUCAACCAAUACCUGGAAUGCAUGAUUUGUUGAUUACUGUUCUGAAGUCAGGAAAAGUACAGAUACGAGAUACCCUGCAAGGCACUGUACUGUGUGAACCUGUUUUACCCAAGUCCCAUGAACUUAUGACCCCUUGGGACCCUGUGGUGGCCGUUGGAGCUAUGGGACAAGUUUUGUUCCUUAAAGGAAACAACAAAGACUAUGGUGAGGAGGAGGGAGGGGAUCAGUCGGAGAGUGCGGGGGCAUUAUUUAUGUACCAGAUGAAGCUGUUCCCCACCCUGGAUUCCUACAUGUCCAGAAAGAGGGACAAAGUGUCGCAGACCGUGCACGCCAAAAUAGAGAACAGGAUCGAGGCACUGAUGAAAGAAAGAAUUGCCCAACAGGGCCUCAGAAAGCAUCAUAUGCAGGAGAGAUGGGGCAACAUGAAAGAAGAAAUAUGGAGCAUCUUACAGUACAAAGACAUGGCAGAGAAAAAGGCGGACAACCGACCAGAAAUUCAUUACAAACGUGUGAGAAACCUGUCCCAGUAAAAAAGAUAUUUUGCUUUCCUUAUGGAUUGUAAAAAUGGUUACAGACUCCGGGAUCAAUGGGAUGGACGCCAUUUUUCCGGAAUUGACUUGAGUGAUUUUAAAUCUGUGAUAAAAAGCAUAUUUUGAUUUUCCGUCCAGAACGACAGUGUUGUUUAUUUUAUAUAUAUUUAAAUAUCAUAAUUUGUUUGUAAAUAUAUGGUAAUUGAAAGCUUUGUAAUUAAAAGUUUAUUCACUUGA